UUCAGGUGUAAACCCAACCAAUGUCAUUUAUGUGAAACCAUUACUUUUUAUGUGCACUGGCAAUAAUAAUGGUAAGCACAACUACAAUAACAACAAUUGCUGCUGGACAACCAACGAGUAGCUUAAAUCAUCAUCCGCAUCAACAGCAACAGCAACCAGCGACGACACUAGGCUCAACCAUAACCGCAACUGCAACCGCAAACAAUUCCAAUUACCAGAGAUCAGCAUCCCAGCAGCAACAGCAACAACAACAUACACAGGCGUAUCACCAUCCAUCAUCGUCAACAGCGUCAUCGUCAGCGACACAUAACAGCUAUUACAACUCAUUAACAUUAAAUGGUGUUGGUACUGGCGUUGGCGGCAACAACAACAUCAGCAGCAAUAGUAACUGUGCCAUAAACAACAACAACGACACCGGCAGCAACGUCAAAAACAGAGUUGCCGCAAAAAACAUUUCACUAAGUGGUUUCGUCACCACAGCGGAGCAAGAGAGUUGUGGUGUUGUUGUAGACCACAAUUCAUCUCACUACUCAACGCGACCUUCGUCAUUGUAUAACGGCAGUGGUAAUAUUGCUGACGACGGCCAGACUGUAGGUAACAGCGGCAGAUCCACAACAACAAUAACAGCAGCAGCAGCAGAGGAAACCGCAAGCGUAGACCAACAACAGCCACAAAGUCAUGAACCGGCAGCAGUCGCAAAGUCACCAACAAAAACUGUGAAUUUAUCGCAAGCGCUGCUCUCCACAUCACCACCGCUGCUGAACGAUCAAAUAUCGCUACUAUUUCCAAAGUGUCGACCACGUCAAUCAUCGCCCAAUAGCAACGCUCCAGCCAGUCGCAGCAGCAACACGCAGAGUAAAAGUCAGAAUAGUUGCGAUAGUGAAGUCUUGAGCGUUACGCGAACGCUCCAAAGCGAAGCAUACAUUUCAAACACCGUCAACAGUCACAAUAAGCGCGUGAACUCUUCACUUGAGCACGACGUGGGCAACGAAUCUGCAACGAACGUGAGAGCAGCACCACCACAGCCGCCGUCAUCACCGCCGACCACUACAAACUAUUAUAAAAGCGUCAAUAUUAUCACCCAAUCACCACCACCGCCCUCAACGUCUUCGGUAUCAUCCGAGUCGCUGUCGUCGGUGACGCCGCGCAUUUCUACGAAUCCCUUUCUCAGUCACACAGACAGCGUAGAGAAAAAACCACUCGAACGCGCAUCACGCCAUCAGCACAAAUACAGCGACGAAGAGAGAAGUGCCGUAAGCAAUCGUCGCGCGCGCAACGACAAACGUGACGCUGUUCACUACAACGAUCACGGUAUCUGCGACGACGACGAGGACGAAAACAUUAACGAUAACAAUAUCGUAGAAGACGAAGAGCUGCCAGUGCCCUCGUAUCCUCCAACAUUUUACUACCAUACCGAAACCAAACAUUCACAACCACAAACGCGACAACGUCAUCAUCAAACCGGCGACAGCAGCAAUAGUUACGAAAUGCCGCGCAAACGCGCCAGUUAUGGGUCGCAUCACCACGCCCAGCAGCCGUAUACACAUUUCGCAACCUCAGCGACACAGCAGCAUCAACAAAUACAGUUGGCACAGCAUAAACAGUCAAACCAUAACUCGAACGCAGCAGCGGGCAGCUUGAAUCAAAAUCCAUUCAUUAAAGAUGGCAACUAUUGGGAAGGACGUGAAGCGCCAGUAUCAGCGCAUAGCGCAGAUAAUACUGAACGUGCGCGUUUACCGCCCCACUAUAAUGACAUAGACGACGCGGAGUCACACAACAUACCAACGCCUGUUAGCACACAAUCGUCAACGUUCGGUCCAACGACCACGACAGCACCAAUUGCUAGCGCAGCGUCCAGCACCUCCGCUCGACGCGCCUAUCACCAGCAACAGCCUUAUACAAAUAGUGUCCCACCCCGGCAACAUCAUCCACAGCAGCUGCAGCGGCCACAAGCGCACAUCAGCCGACUUAGUCGAACUACUGUUGAACCAGGCACUGGAGAACAUUUUGCCGAAACGGCUUCAAAACACGGAUUCCACCAGAAACAGCAACAGCAACAAAGUAGUCUACAAGCCGUGCAAAAUUCAUGUUCCGAAGGUCUCACUCCACUCGCCAGUCAUUAUUUGUAUGGCAGCAAAACAUCGCUGGAACAACAGCACCAACAAAAUGUCAUUAAUGUCGGCGAUAACAGUAUACUCGUCGAGCGUGAAGUAAGAGAACGUGAUAGAGAACAACGCGAGCAGCGAAAAGCGGCGGCAGCGUAUGGCGAGUGGGAAAGAGAACGUGAACGAGAGCGAGAAUGGGAACUGGAACGUGAACGAGAACGAGAAAGGGAAAGAGACAAGGAAAGAGAAAGAGAAAAAGGGCGAGACCGCGAACGCGAACGCGAUUUUGAAAGGGAGCAAGGCCGUUUCAGUGAGCUCUACUUGGGCGGCUCACAACAGUAUCAACCAGCAAAACAUCGUAAUUCCAGAAAAAACAGCACUGUCGGUGAUACAAAUGGGCAUCCUGCGGUCAGCAAUGGUGAAGUGGUAGUCUUUGAUGAUAUCACCGAGAGUUGGCAAAACUUGAGAGUAACAACCGACACAAGUGUCCCAACAAUGCCACCUGCUUCGACUCGACAACACUUACAGCAGCAACAGCAGCAGCAGCAGCAGAGCCACAGACAGCCCACAUCCUUGACACUGGUUGACGACAAAGACGAAUACGUUGAACAAGUCAUCAGCCAGCAUGCCGAUGUGGAGGUAGCAGGAAAUCACAACACUAGCAACAAUAACACGUCAAUAAUGUAUAAGGAUCAUCCAAAGAGAUACUUGGAGCGAAGUAGCUACACAAUGCACGCAGUGGAAACGCGACACGGCAUCAUAGAAUACGAGGGCUCACCACGUCGCAUUGGUGCGCAAACACUUGGCGUUAUGCCCGCGGAUGAUGAAGCCGAGGAAGCGAUGGCGGUGGCGGCGGCAGGUGCAGAGGAGGAAGUAGAAGUGGAUGUAGAUGUGGGACUGCCAAUGCAACCAAAUUCGUCGCACGUACAGCAAACGCAUAGCCAGCAGCACUCAACAAAGGUAGCUACAACGGCAACAACCUCUAAUAAUGGCGGUGGUGGCAGUCAAUAUACAACAGUAACAACUACGCACAAUUCGCCACAGCAACAAUAUCCGGCGCGUCCCGGUUUCCCACAGCGUAUUAUUUCACCGCCGCGUGAGAGCACUCCGCCAAUAAUGCUGCUGAGCCAUAAUAAUUCUAAACAGCAACAACAACAACAGCAACAGCUAGAUUAUCAGCAACAACUGCAACCACAAGCGUUGCCGCAACGGCAAUCGUCACCGCCCACGGCUUGCACUUUGGACAAUAACGCCGAGGAUACAAGUAAUGAUGUAUCCGAGAUUGGCACAAUUUCCGAUUUGACCACACCGGAGGCAAUAUCGGCAACGGGUGCGCCAACAACGCCCACACGUACCACCGAUUCACCGGCGGUUAAUGCGACCAACAAUACAGCAAUGCCACCAAGUACGAGCGCCAUGGCGUGCAAACCAGUAGCGACGUUUAGUAGCAGCGCCUUUAGCAUACCAACCAAGUCUUCGACGUUCGACUACCUCUACGAAUUCUCCGAGACGCGCAAAGUGCUCGAGGAGUUCUUCAAGUGCCCCUCGAUGGACGAUCGGCCGGUUGAAAAUGGCAGUGAUGUUGAUAGUAUCGACAUUCAAUACGAGUUCCAAAACAAUUUGGAUCGUGGCGACGAUGAUGAUUUAGACUCCCACUCAAAUAUUAAUGUAGAUGCAGAAGAUGAAGACGAUGAGGAGGAGGAAGACGAAGAUGAUGAUGAUGAUGGCCUAAUGGGUGUGGAUAUGGAUGAUAUACAUCCCCAGCACCACCACCACCACCAGCUACAGCAACAGCAUAACAACCAAAUGCGGCAGCUGCAAACGACAUUGCAACAGCGCAACAGUCAUCGAGAAUCACAGUUACAUUUGCAAGCAUCACCAACGCAAUACCGCCAUCAGCAACAACAACCACAACAGCAACAUCAAAAACAACAUCAACAAUACCUCCAGCAGCAGCCACUGCAACAAUUGCAAUCGCAACAGGAGGAACAACAACAAAGAUCAACUAAUCAUCGCAAUCGUGCACAACGUCAUCAACAACAAAACAGCAGCAGCAAUAAUAGCACCAACAAUAGCAACAUCUACAAUAAUUCAGGGCAUGCACAUCGGCGGCGCUUUACCGCUAGCCCAUUAAUGCGUGACUUUGAUUUCUUCCUGGAUUCGGCCAGUCGCAGCAGUGGCGAACAAUUGGAUCAACAAGAUGGUGUCAAUCACAAUCAGUUGGACACACCGAGCACUUACCGUUAUUCGCCUGAGACAACGGACUACGACUCAAAUUGCGGAGAUUUGGAUAGUCUCUCGGGCGAAAUAAAUGGCGUCUCAACAUUCUGUUCGAAUUACACAAAAUACUAUGCCUCCAGCAUGCCCGUGCUGGAGGACGGUCUCUCGUCGGGGCAUACCUCCGACACGGAGAAUAACAACCAAAAUAAUCUCAACAGCAACUUGCAGCAGCCGAGCACUGCGAUACAUCACAACCCCAUCGGUAGCGGAGGCAUUUCGAUGCUGAUGGACAUGAAGCGCUUAUCCACUAAUAAUAGCAUAAAUAGCAUGAAUAAUCUCACUAUAUCGACAGCAGAUGGUGGGGGUAGUGUUGGUGCUGAGCCGCGGAACAACUCGAUAUCGUCGAAUAUUUUGCGCGAUACUCCCUACUUGCGCAAAAAUGACAGCCCUACUGCAAUAGUGGGCUUACAGGAGGAUUCCGGACGCGAUUCGGCACGCUCGAGCUCGAAACGUGAUGGACGGGGAGGUGAACGCGAACUACUAGGACAGAGUCCUACAAAUAACAGCAACAAUAAAGUAUUCAAGAAUAUUGAUCCUGAGCUGGAUUCUCUUUAUUCGAUUAGUAUUUUCCAUCGGCCUGACAUGGUGCAGAUGACGCCGCCACCACCCGCACCAGCGCCACAUCGCAAACCGAAUAUACUCAGUCCAGAACCGAAAAUCUUGCAACCCACGCCCUACAAAGAAAACCUGCACGCUGCACCUGCACCACCCAGCGCAACUUCGCCCAUUAAUGCACUCGGCGCAGCCACUGGUUCAAAUGCGGGCAGCGGCGUUACAUCUGUGGCUUCAGCUAUAAGCUCCACACUUAACCGUGGCAAAAUACACACACAGCAGAGCAGUUCUGCCAUCUCACCGUCAGGCCACAGCUCCGCACUACGCUCCAACCAAACACACGCGCAAUCACAACCACCGCCGGUGCCAUCACAGCCAUUGCCAUCAUCGCAGACCCAAUCACAAUCACAAUCGCAGCCACCGCCACCAAUCCCAGAACGCAAUAUGCCGCGUACGCCUUCGCCUGUGAUGAACUCACCCGUGUGGCUACCGCGCCAUUUGGAUAAUAGCGCUAACAAAAGUCUGAUCGCAUCCUCGCCGGGACAUCACUCGAAGAAUCUGAGCGCCGAUGAAGACGAUGUUGAUACCGAUCUCGAAACAGAUCGUCUGCUAGGCCAUCAACGGCUGGACGAUCAAGGUUAUUACGACGAAAAUAAGUCAUGGGAAUCGCGUAAGCUGCGCUCGUCUCUACUCGCGAAAAUCUCGCCCAAGCAACAAUUGGCGAGCACAAAAACACGCAACGGCUACAAUGCUUUGCUCUCGACCACACCCGAAAUCCCACCGCCGAUACCACCGAAGAACACCACUAGCAAACUGCUCGACAUUGAUGGUUCCAUGUCAUCAUCCGAGCAUAGCGAUAAAUCGCCAAUUAAAUCGAUCGACACACAAGACUGUGUUGUGGCGAUGGGCAGUCCAGGCGGCUCGGAUGGCUCCGCUUGCAUUAGCAGCAACUCAAAGAAGGAGCUCGACUUGUCGACGAUCAACUCAAAUGGGCUGCCAAACAGCGGUGGCAGCAAUAGUGGCAGUGGCAGUGGCAGCGGUAGUGGUAGCGCAGGUGGAGUUGGCAGUAUUGGCCUCGUUGGCACUGGCAAUGCGAAUGGCAGCGUUGGUGGCAGUGGCAGCGGCAGUGGCAGCGGUGGCGGCAGUGGCAUUGGUAAUGGCAGUGGUGUUGGUGGUGGCCACAGCAGCUCGGCUGGUUCCAAUAGCACCAGCGGCGAAAAAAAAGUGAAAAAGAGUAAGAACAAAGAAGGUGGCGCAGUGCUGAUUGAGGGUGUACUCUUUCGCGCCAAGUAUCUGGGUUCCACACAGCUGGUUUGUGAGGGUCAACCUACGAAAUCGACGCGUAUGAUGCAAGCCGAAGAGGCGGUCUCACGCAUUAAGGCACCAGAUGGCGAUGUACAGCCCAGCACCGAGGUGGACCUCUUCAUAUCAACGGAAAAGAUAAUGGUUCUCAACACAGACCUCAAGGAAAUCAUGAUGGACCAUGCGCUGCGCACCAUCUCCUAUAUUGCGGAUAUUGGCGAUCUGGUUGUGUUGAUGGCUCGGCGCCGUUUCGUGCCGCAGGAUAUUGAUGAUGCGCCCAAACCGAAUCGCACACCAAAGAUGAUCUGCCACGUCUUUGAAAGUGAUGAAGCGCAAUUUAUUGCACAGUCAAUUGGACAGGCAUUCCAGGUGGCUUACAUGGAGUUCCUUAAAGCAAAUGGAAUUGAGGAUCAUAGUUUUGUCAAAGAAAUGGACUAUCAAGAGGUACUCAACAGUCAGGAGAUCUUCGGUGAUGAGCUGGAGAUAUUCGCCAAGAAGGAGCUGCAAAAGGAAGUGGUCGUACCAAAGGCCAAGGGCGAGAUAUUAGGUGUGGUGAUUGUGGAGAGCGGUUGGGGUUCAAUGUUGCCAACUGUGGUCAUUGCGAAUCUCAUGUCGUCCGGUGCAGCGGCGCGUUGUGGUCAAUUGAAUAUUGGCGAUCAGUUGAUAGCCAUCAAUGGCUUAAGUUUGGUUGGACUGCCGUUAUCCACGUGUCAAACGUACAUAAAGAAUACUAAAAAUCAGACUGUGGUGAAGUUUACGGUAGUGCCGUGUGCACCUGUGGUCGAGGUUAAGAUUAAAAGACCCAAUACCAAAUACCAGCUGGGUUUCAGUGUGCAAAAUGGUGUGAUCUGCAGUUUAUUGCGUGGCGGCAUCGCUGAGCGUGGCGGAGUGCGUGUGGGUCAUCGUAUAAUUGAAAUAAAUAAUCAAAGUGUGGUGGCAGUGCCACACGAGAAGAUCGUCAAUCUGCUGGCGACUUCUGUGGGCGAGAUUCUAAUGAAAACUAUGCCGACAUCAAUGUUCCGAUUACUUACCGGCCAGGAGAAUCCAAUCUAUAUUUAAGGCAAGCGUAUUUGAAUAAAAAUAAAAAGUAGCUAUUUAAAAAAUAAACAAAACUUUAAACUGGCUAUAACACAUAUUUACUAUGCUGAUGAAUAAACCAAAAACUUAUACUUACCUUAACAAAUACAUAUAAAUGAAUAGUUGCGAGUCACCUUUAGCAAUUUAAGCGAAACUUCACACCUGUAUUUCCAAAAACAAUAAAAAAAAACAAAAAAAGUAAAACCAAAAAUAAACAUAAAAAAAGAAAAUUAAUAUAAAAAUAAAUAUAAAAAUAAAAAAUAAAAAUAAAAUAAAAAUGAAAUAAAAAUAAAAAUUAAUCUAAAUAAAAAUAAAUAUAAAAAUACAAAUACAAAUAAAUGAGGCAUUCAAAUAUUAAAUUAAUCAAUUGUAAAUUACAGUUUGUUAACUAUUCUAAAACAACAAGAACAACAAUAACUUUGGCAAAUGUAAAAUGAAAGUAUUCAUUAGAACUUCAUAAAACACACACACACACACAUAAACGCAUACAAAUAUUUCUAAAUAUAAUUGAAAUGCAUAAAGCGAAGCAAAUACGCAAAAGCGAAAUGAAGUUUGAAAAAUACUCGAAGCACUUCGAAAACACUUAAAAAUACACGUAAUUGCAAAUAAAGAAAAAAAAGGAAAGACAAAAAACAGAAAACAAAAAAAUAACGGGAAGCCAUAAGCGUUCUCAAAACCCAAAAUGAACUAUAAAUUAAACUGCAAGCAGGCAAAAUAUUUCUAUGUAUGUAUUUACUCUGUUAGCUGCCUAACUAACUAGCGUUCUCUGCUCUAAUAUUACGCAUACACACCCAAACAUACACACACACACACACACUAAUAAAAUAUAUGCAUAUAACCAUGCGAAAAAUUAACAAACACCGCCAUUAAAAACAUAAACUCACGUUUUACAUUCACAUACAUAUACACACAUAUAUAGCAAAACAAAAUUAAAUAAAAAAAAUAAUAAUAAUUAAUGCAGACCAUUAAGAAGAUAAAAGUAAUAAUGACUUUAGUUAUACUAAUUGUUAGAGUACUUACAUAAAUAGUGUUGAGAUAUAUUACAAAAAUACUUGCAUACAUACAAACAUACAUGAAAAUUAUAUAUAGCAAAAAUCAUAGCAGAAAUAAAAAAAAAUAAAGUUAAGCUACAACCGCAAACCGAAAACCACAAAUUGCAAACACAAAAAAUCAAUCGAGAACACGUUGACCUUUUGCAGAAUUCGUCCUUACAGUGCUAGCGUUAGCUUAGUUGCUAUUAUAUACUUAAAUAAAGAGAAGAAAAACUAAAUAAAUUCAUAUAUAAAAAUCGAUGCAUACAUACAAACAAGCAUAUAUAUUUUCUAGUUUAAAAUAAUACAAAGGAAAAAUGUAAGAAAAUGUAGAAAGAGUAGCUGACUUAUUUUCAAGGCGCAUUGAAAUGCUUCGCACUGAACUUUAUUUAUAAAAAUUAUGCGUACUAUUUUUUUAUUAUUAUUACUUUUUUUAAAUUUUUGAGAAAUUUCAAAACACCUUUUCUGCUCAAAUCAAAGCUGUGCAUUACUAAACAUUGUCUUUUUAAUAUUUUCUUAUAUUUUAAGAUUUUCUUAUCAAAAAACGGCUAACUAAAAUUAAUUUA